GCUUUAUUUUUUUUCAUGGAUGUUCUUCUUCGAGUAUCUGUAGAAGGGAUACGACCAUAUUUUUCUGAUAUAAUUAAUUCCAUAGAUGCUUUCAUUAUUGUGGUGACUGUAGUAAUUGAUUUCACUUAUAUUUUUUAUGACUCAGAGAUAUUUAAAGACAUCCCUAGAUUGGUAGUAUUACUUCGACUUCUACGACUUAUUAUUCUGAUGAGAAUUUUUCAUCUGGCUUACCAAAAAAGACAUCUUGAAAAGCUGACCAGAAGGAUGGUUUCAGGAAACAAACGACGAUACAAGAAAGAUGGAUUUGACUUAGACCUCACUUAUGUUACUGAACGUAUUAUUGCCAUGUCAUUUCCAUCUUCUGGAAAGCAGUCUUUCUAUCGGAAUCCCAUUCAGGAAGUUGUACGGUUCCUGGAUACCAAGCAUCGAAACCACUAUCAAGUCUACAAUCUUUGCAGUGAAAAAGCUUAUGAUCCUAAGUACUUCCAUUAUAGGGUCCGUCGAAUCAUGAUUGAUGAUCAUAAUGUUCCUUCUUUGAGUGAGAUGCUGGAAUUUUCCAAAGAAGUACAGAAUUGGAUGGCUCAAGAUAGUAAAAACAUCGUAGUGAUUCACUGUAAGGGAGGCAAAGGAAGAACUGGAACUAUGGUUUGUGCCUGCCUUAUUACCUGUGAAAUAUUUUUAACUGCAGAGGACAGCCUUUAUUAUUUUGGAGAACGACGAACAGAUAAAACCAACAGCACUAAGUUUCAGGGAGUAGAAACUCCUUCUCAGAAUAGAUAUGUUGGGUAUUUUGCAGAUGUGAAAAACGUCUAUAACAUGACUCUACCUCCAAAAAAACUACUUAUGAUUAAAAAAUUUGUUAUUUAUUCGAUUCAUGGUGUUGGAAAAGGCAACGGAAAUGAUCUAAAAGUACAAAUAAUAAUGGAUCAAAAGAUUGUCUUUUUUUGUUCUGCUUCCAAAAACUGUAGGAUAGUUCAUGAUGUUGAAAGAGACAGAGUAAUAAUUCGUCUAUGCAACUGUCCACUUCUGUAUAAUGAUGUGAAAGUGCAAUUUCUGUCUUCUUCGGAUCUUCCUAAAUACUAUGACAACUGCCCAUUUUUCUUUUGGUUCCACACGUCUUUUAUACAAAAUAACAGGCUUUAUCUUUCAAGAAAUGAAUUGGACAAUCCCCAUAAACCAAAAGCAUGGAAAAUUUAUCGUCCAGAGUUUGCAGUCGAAAUAUAUUUUGAUAAUAAGUUGUAG